GAAAUGCUCCGGUGACGCAUGCGCAGUGCCAGUUACUAUCAGCUAACAGAAAACCAGUCGUUUCAACGUUCGGGAGAAAAGAGCAGAGGUUGCACACUAACACGUGUUGAGAUGUUUCGCAGAAAACUGACUGCUCUAGAUUACCACGACCCGAGCGGAUUUGACUGCUCAGAUGAGACACAGUUCAGGAACAUCAUCGUGUGGCUGGAGGACCAGAAGAUUCGGCACUACAAGAUAGAGGACAGGGGCAACCUGAGGAACGUGCCCAGCUCGGACUGGCCCAAAGCGUAUCAGAAGUACCUCAAGGACCUGAACUGUCCGUUUGGGGUCCAGGAGAAGCAGGAGGGCGUAGACUGGCUGCUUGGCCUGGCUGUGCGCUAUGAAUACGGAGAUAACGUUGAAAAAUACAAGAACUGCCAGCCGCUGGCAGCUUCCAGUAACAGCGAUAAGGUCAUCGACCCUCUGCUCAACCUCGACAGCAACUCCCCGGAUUUCAAAGCCGGAGUCACAGCUCUGGCCAACAUCCUGAAGAUACAGCGGCACGAUGAUUACCUGGUUAUGCUCAAGGGUAUUCGUAUUCUGAUCCAGGACAGACUCUCCCCAGAGGCCAUCACUAAAGCCAACCAGAAUCGAGAAGGGAUUCCUGUAGCUUUAGACAAGCACAUCCUGGGUUUUGACACUGGAGACGCGACUCUGAACGAGGCGGCCCAGAUCCUGCGGCUGCUGCACAUCGAGGAGCUGAGGGAGCUGCAGACCAAGAUCAACGAGGCCAUCGUGGCCGUUCAGGCCAUCAUAGCCGACCCCAAGACAGACCACCGGCUGGGCAAGGUCGGCAGAUGAGAGGGAGGACGGCGAGGAGGCCAGAGACUGAACCGCAGGGGCUUUUUAAUUUCGUUUUCAGAGAAAAAGGCCUUCAUUUUUGUUGUUGUUGGCUGUGUUUUGAGGGACAUAAAUGAGUUUGUAGUUUUUUUUCCGUUCCUGCAUGAGAUGGUGCAGUUUUUGAACCGUGGUCCGGCCUUCAGACGCGGACAUUCAUUUUUGUACACAACGAAUAAGCUGAGACAAAACUUACAGGGAUAGUACAACUACUCCCCCCCCCCCCC